AUGUCGAGCUCGACGCGCUCCCUCUUCCGCGCCGCCGCAUCCGAGCGCAAGGCUGCGGGGAGCAGCGGCAUCCAGGACCCGUUUGCCUCGUACAACCCCAGCACGGGCGCGCUCCGCUGCUCGGCGUGCAACUACCUGGCCAUCAAGCACGAGAGCCUCUGGGCAUCGCACGCUUCCAGCAAGAGCCACAGGACCAACGCGGCGAGGAUCAAGGCCGAGAGGGAGCGGCAGGACGAGGCGCUCCUGGCGCGUCAGAGCGCCAACCACGAGGGCAAGCGCAAGGCCGACGACGAUGGCUACGGCCAGCCGACGGAGAGAGGACAGGGCACCGGAGAGGGAGACUCGAAGCGGGCCAAGGUCGAUACGGAAACCGCGGCUGGUGACGCCGGCGCCGAGGACAUUGAUCCCGAAUGGGAGGCGUUCCAGCGCGAGAUUGCCGAGGCCGAGGCGAGCGCCACCCAGGCAGCGGAUCCGGUGCAGGCGCAGUACGCCAGUGCCACCAUCGAGGUCGAGCCGGUGAUCAAAGGCCGAGGAGCGGACGCAGCAGCAGCGGCAGGCACCGCCGAUGGCGAGGGCGGCGAGGGUCAAGAUGGGCAGCCCGCCGAGGAGGAGACCGAGGAAGAGAGACGAGCGCGGCGAGAGCAAGAGGAGCGCGAGGAGAUCUACUCGCGGUACGAAGAGGAGCAGCGGAUCCAGGACGAGGCCGAGGAGCGGGUGUCGGCGCUCAAGGCCAAGCUGGAGCGGCUCAAGGCAGCUCGCCUGGCCAAGAAGCAGAAGCAGCCGCCUCAACAAGUGCGAGAUGGCGACAAGAAGAGGGAGGAGGAGGCGGCUUAG